AUGGCCAACCCUACCAUCAUUCUCGAGACUCAUUUCUAUUCCAACUCUCCCAAUGGCCUGCCACCGUGGGUCCGAAGCUUCCAUCUACGCCUAUCCCCUACCGGAACGAAGGCCGACAUCCUCAAGCUUGUUUGCGACUCCAUGGUUCGUCUUGGCCGCGCCGACCCCAUCGCCGAGGCGCAGAUCACCCUUUACUGGACGCAGCAUGGCCGGGUCGUGUCUAUCCCGGGAACCAGCCCCUCCAACUUCAUGGUCACGCUUCCCAUCUACCAGCCGCCUCAGUUCGUCAACUUCAAUGUCGGCUAUCACGCGGUCAUCCCCCAGCAGACGCAGGUUCCCAUGAAUCCCGAGUACCCGCUGGCUCUGACCUACUCGGGCGGCACCAACUAUCUUCACUCGUACGGUCCAAACCCUGCUAUGAUGCCCCCGGCUAUCAUCCCCAGCCAGCAGACUUGGAUGUUUGGAGGCAGCCACAGCUAUGUCAACGUACCUGUCUUCGGCACCGGCGGUGGCGGCAUCAGUAGCCUGCCAAUCGUCUCAGAUGUGGUCAGAGAGACCCGUCUGGACGCCCUCGCAGAGGAGGGUCUUGCUGGGAUGCUAGAGUGGGCUGCGGGCCCUGCCGGCCUCAAAUUGAUCGUUAUGGUCGACGUUGACAGUAGGACCAUCAUCUCUUCCUCUGUUCCCGUUCCUCUGGCCUCUUCUACUGCUCCUGCUUCGUCUACUGCUCCGGCCACGCCUACUAAUCCGGCCUCGCCUAUACCUGCUCCUUCUCCGGGUCCGGCCGUUUGA